UCAUACUCAGUCUUCUCCUGAUGCGCUAUGGGAGAGGGAGGAGUAUUGGGGCCGCGGAAGGAGCCUCUAUCUGCGGCCGAAUCAUCACUUGAUUUUUUUUUUAUUUGUGUAACGAGACGACGUUAAGCCACAACCAUGGAUGGUGAAGAGAAAACAUAUGGUGGCUGUGAGGGUCCUGAUGCCAUGUACGUAAAACUGAUUUCAUCUGAUGGCCAUGAAUUUAUUGUUAAAAGGGAACAUGCUUUGACAUCAGGAACAAUAAAGGCCAUGUUAAGUGGUCCAGGACAGUUUGCUGAAAAUGAAACCAAUGAAGUGAAUUUCCGAGAGAUUCCCUCCCAUGUUCUAUCUAAAGUCUGCAUGUAUUUUACCUACAAGGUUCGUUACACAAACAGCUCCACAGAAAUCCCAGAAUUUCCCAUUGCGCCAGAGAUCGCGCUGGAACUGCUGAUGGCGGCAAACUUCCUAGACUGUUAAAUAAAAUAAAUUAUGGAAAAUCAAUAAUGUUAAAUGGAUUCUUUUAUAUUUAAAUACCUAUUUUUUUUUUUUUCUUCUAUUUCGCAUGUUUCCAUUUUUCCAAGCAGUGUAUUGUAUAUGUAUAUUAUUAAAGUACCACACCCUUCCUUAGCAAAGCAGCCGGCAUGAAGUGACCUGCUUGUUGCUAAUAUUUUUUUCCCCUCAUGCUGUUCUUAAUAAACCAUUCUGAAAAUA